AAUUCUCGCGAGGCUACACCGUAGCCCAAAAAAAAUUAUGGACGUCGGUGGGAACGGUGGUGGGCUACCUGUAAACAAUAAACAGAGAGCUAUGUUACCUAAUAAGAGUAGAGGCGAGUUCACCCGCAACUUACGAAAAGACUCAGAGGGCCUGUCUGAAUCUCCAGACCUGGAGUUUGAAUAUGCUGACACAGACAAGUGGGCUGCAGAGCUGUCAGAGCUGUACAGUUACACUGAAGGACCAGAGUUUGCGCUCAAUAGAAAGUGCUUCGAGGAGGAAUUCAGAGCUCAUGUAUCCGAUAAGAAGUGGACAGAACUCGAUGCAGACCAACACAGAGCUCAUGCCAUGCGCUUGUUGGACAGUCUGGAGGUGAUAGCCAGGGAGAAGAGGCUGAAGGUUGCCAGAGCAAUUCUUUACAUGGCUCAGGGAACCUUUGGAGAGUGCAGCUCUGAGGCUGAAGUGCAGCACUGGAUGAGGUAUAACAUAUUUUUGCUGCUGGAUGUGGGGACCUUUUCUGCACUGGUGGAACUGCUCAACAUGGAGAUCGAUAACAGUGCUGCCUGUAGUAGUGCUGUCAGAAAGCCUGCCAUCUCCCUGGCUGACAGCACAGACCUGAGGGUGCUGUUAAACAUAAUGUACUUGAUGGUGGAAACAAUCCAACAGGAGGAUCCAGCUGACAAGCCUGAAUGGAGAAUCAUCAGAGAAACCUUUAGAACAGAACUUGGAUCUCCACUGUUCAACAAUGAGCCCAUUUCUGUCAUGCUCUUUGGUAUGGUUACCAAGUUCUGCAGUGGCCACGCCCCCCAUUUCCCAAUGAAGAAGGUGUUAUUGUUAUUGUGGAAAAGCAUACUGUUCACACUUGGAGGUUUUGAGCAGCUCCAAAGUAUAAAGGUUCAAAAGCGUGAGGAGCUGGGUUUGCCACCUCUGCCGGAGGACAGCAUUCGAGUCAUUCGUAGUAUGAGGGCUGCUUCCCCUCCUGCAUCUGCAUCUGACCUCAUAGAGCAGCAACAGAAACGGGCACGACGGGAACACAAAGCACUGAUCAAACAGGACAAUCUGGAUGCUUUUAAUGAAAAGGAUCCGUACAAGGCUGAUGACUCACGUGAGGAUGAGGAUGAUAAUGAUGAUAAUGACAACUCUAUAGAGGCUGAGACUUUCCCUCUGGAGAGAGAUGAGGUGAUGCCUCCACCAAUUCCACACCCUCCAUCAGAGAGAGUGUCCUUCCCGAAAGGCUUACCUUGGGCCCCUAAAGUCAGGGAAAAGGACAUUGAAAACUUCCUGGAAUCUAGUAGAAGUAAAUUCAUUGGUUACACACUUGGAAAUGAUACAGAUACAGUUGUUGGUUUGCCUCGGCCCAUUCAUGAGAGCAUUAAGACACUGAAGCAGCACAAAUAUGUGUCUAUAGCUGAGAUUCAGAUCAUCAAGGAGGAGGAGUAUCAGAAGACCCCUCUGUCUGGGGGUGAAGAGGAGGUGAUAAUGUGUGCCACCGAGCUGCUCUAUCAGGGAAUUUUACCCAGUUUACCUCAGUACAUGAUUGCUCUACUGAAGAUCCUUCUCGCAGCUGCACCAACUUCUAAAGCCAAGACUGACUCCAUCAACAUCCUGGCAGACGUGUUGCCAGAGGAGAUGCCAACCACAGUGUUGCAAAGCAUGAAACUCGGUGUUGAUGUGAAUCGACACAAAGAGAUUAUCGUGAAGGCGAUCUCUGCCAUCCUGCUGCUGCUUCUGAAACACUUCAAACUUAACCACAUAUAUCAGUUUGAGUACAUGGCUCAACACUUGGUUUUCGCCAACUGCAUCCCCCUUAUACUGAAGUUCUUCAACCAGAACAUCAUGUCUUACAUCACAGCUAAGAACAGCAUUUCAGUGCUUGAUUUUCCUUACUGUGUGGUGCAUGAGCUCCCUGAGUUAACUGCAGAGAGUUUGGAAGCAGGAGACAACAAUCAGUUUUGCUGGAGGAAUCUGUUUUCCUGUAUUAACCUGCUGAGGAUCCUCAACAAACUGACCAAGUGGAAGCACUCCAGAACAAUGAUGCUGGUUGUGUUUAAGUCUGCUCCCAUCCUGAAGAGGGCGCUGAAGGUUAAGCAGGCCAUGAUGCAGCUCUAUGUUCUCAAGCUGCUCAAAGUCCAAACCAAAUACCUGGGACGGCAGUGGAGGAAGAGCAACAUGAAGACCAUGUCUGCAAUCUACCAGAAGGUCAGACACCGCCUCAACGACGACUGGGCCUACGGGAACGAUCUGGACGCUCGUCCGUGGGACUUCCAGGCGGAGGAGUGCGCUCUGCGUGCCAACAUCGAACGCUUCAACAGUCGCCGCUAUGACAAGAGCCACAGUAAUCCGGACUUCCUGCCCGUGGACAACUGUCUGCAAAGCGUUCUCGGUCAGCGGGUGGACCUGCCAGAGGAUUUCCAAAUGAACUACGACCUUUGGCUGGAGCGCGAGGUAUUCUCUAAACCUAUUUCAUGGGAGGAGUUGCUUCAGUGAGACUCAUGUUGUUGGGAGUUCAGACAAAACACCAUCUGUGCACUCACUGAUGAAGCGUCACAGGAUCUGUACAGACUGAAGGUCACAGAUGGAUCACACUCAGCAGUCAUCCAGGUGUCGCCUUUUCAACAUAUGAGUGUGGGUUGACUCUUAACUAAAUGCUUUAAAUGAUGGAUUGUUGCCUUUAAGGAAUUUUGCAUUUUUGUGACUUCAGUCCUGAUAACAAAAACAAUCAUCCCUUUUCUAUUUAAAGCCCAAUAAACAACUCUCACACUAAUUCCACUCACAAAACAGGCUCCAUUUAUGGAUCUGAACUUUUCCCUCACGUAACCAGGAGUUUACAGUGGGUUCCCAAGUUUUACCAUGAAUCACUACAUGAAUGUUAUGUUCACUGUUGGUUUAAAUACAUGAAUUUAAUACAAUGUUGUGCAUUAGCCAUCAAGAAGCAGGUGUGAGCUCAGUACAUUUAGGAUGAUGAAAUAAAUAUACAUUCCUUAGAUGCAUCUUCAGAGUUUAGCAAGGAGAUGACAGGAAUGCCGUCAUCAGUGUUUGUACAAAAUAAAAACCUGUUUUUCUUAGAUGUUACUUGAGCAGGAUGAACUCCAGUUUAGUUUCUUUCUUUGUUUUUAAGCUGCAUUUGCAAACAGUUUGCAUUUUAUUUGCAUUAUUGUGAGUACACAGCCUUCUCCUGGGACCAGUGAGGACCUCGACUGACCUUCAGACUGAAAAAACAUGAACAGACUUGAAUUUUAUCCCCAAGUAUCUUAAUUUUCUUCGUUGUGUUCAGAGCUGGUCUUGUGUCCACGGGAUCUGAUUGUGUAAUGGUCAUUUUUGGGAACAUUUAAGCAAUGGUUUGAUAUUUGUGGUUUUGUUUAUCAGAGAGUUUUAAGGAGUAAAUUCAAGUGGAAAAAUCGUGAGUAUGAGAACAUUUUCCUUUGAAAUUUUUUACUUUUAAACUUCGUUGUACUACGUCAGAAGUUCAGGAAGUGGAAAGAUGUGUAAAUUGUGAACCUUAUUUAUCAUGCCUUUUGUCUGUUUUACAUCAUCUAAAAUACUGUAAUAAAAUAAUAAGGAAACCAUU